AUGGCGAAGAAGCAGCUGCAGCCGCGCACUGAGGACCGCACCGUCCACGUGCACAAGCUGGUCUACAAGGUCCAGUUUAAGAAGCGCGCCAAGCGGGCUAUCUCGGAAAUCAAGAAGAUGGCGACCAAGUGCAUGGGCACCUCCGAUGUCCGCAUCGACACCAAGCUGAACAAGCACAUCUGGAACAAGGGUAUUUAUAUACUUUUGUUUUUGUUCCUUUUCAUUCUGCAUGUACACUUGCUUGAUCGCGCACGACAGAUUUAGAUUUUAUUGCUUGAUUGCGCAUGACAGAGUUAGAUUUUACACUACUCGCGGGUUGCUGGGUCGUGCCAUAAUUCUUGAGAGCUGUGCAGUCUUUGAAGAUGAGAGCCGCUGAGAGUAGUUGUUGUGAUAUUUUUUGCUCUUCGGUACUUCGUGCAGCAUGCUGUCAUGAUGAGACACAAUCGAUAACAGAAAUCCAACGCUGAGGCGCCAUUUUGGUGCUGAUGCGGAUUUCGAAUUUUGAGCUUUUUAACCCUGACUUUCACAUGUUGUAUUGCGUGAGCAGCAAGAGGACAAACGCCAGCGACCCGGGAGCCUGUGCGUGACAAAUUUGUGCAUCUGCUGUAGUACUGGUGUUGGCCCUUCGAAAUUUGUCAUGCAAACAGUGCCACAUAGCAGCGGCUGGAUUUGGGGUUUUGCAUGACAAAUGAGGGGGAGGGGGCAUUGUGCACUGUCAUAACCAAACAUGAUGAGACACAAUCGACUAAACAGAAAUCCAACGCUGAAGCGCCAUUUCGGUGCUGAUGCGGAUUUCGAAUUUUGAGCUUUUUAACCCUGAUCAACACAUGCUGUUAGCAUGUCAUGUCUUGAGCAGGAAUUAUAGAGCGAACAGGAGUGGUUCAAGUAGAAAGCAACAACUCUUGAGGCGGCAUUACAAAGAACCGACUACCUGUAACCUUCGAGUGCGAAAAAAAUGCAUGACAAAACCGCUUUCUGAUGCGUGAACUGCAUUUCACCAACCUCCGCAAUCGAUUAUUUGGAAUUCCACAGGUAUCCGCAACUUGCCGCGUCGCGUUCGCGUGCGAUUGUCCCGCAAGCGUAACGAAGACGAGGACGCUAAGGAAAAGAUGUACACUUUGGUGCAGCACGUACCGGUUGACACCUUCAAGCGCUUGGAGACCGAGGCCGUCGGCGAUGAUGCCUAAGUAGCUACUUCGAGAAAGUAGCGGACUUUCAGCUUGUUGAGGGGUUGAAAUUGUACUAAGUACUAGUAGGUACCUGUGUUAAAAGAAGAUAACAAGACUGUUGUCGGUCAUCGCACUUUCUGAAUCUGCUCGAGUGUCUUCUGCUGUCUGCGGACUUCUAUAUGUGUCGUCGUUCGCGCACGACGCGUGACAGAUCGCGUGCACAGUGAAGAAUAACUCGACUCACAUUGAACAUUUUAUGACCAAAUGGACAACAUGCGCGUGACUCUGUGGUGACUUCGGAAUUCAAAAAAAAGAAAGAGAGCUUUGUUGCAGUGCGAGCUUAGUGAUGGGUCGCAGACUUGUGCAAUUCAGGCGCAGGGGACAUGUGUUCGUGAUCUGUGGAUGUCGGUUGCCGUUGCCUUUCCGAAAUGGGCGCGCGAAGAUCUCAAAUUUUAAUUUCUACAUAAACGGA